AUGUCUCAGAGCAGGCAUCGCGCCGCGGCUCCGCCGAUGGAGCGCGAGGACAGCGGAACCUUCAGUUUGGGGAAGAUGAUUACAGCUAAGCCAGGCAAAACACCAAUUCAGGUAUUACACGAAUACGGCAUGAAGACCAAGAACAUCCCGGUUUACGAAUGUGAAAGAUCCGAUGUGCAAAUACACGUGCCCACUUUCACCUUCAGAGUAACCGUUGGUGACAUAACCUGCACAGGUGAAGGUACAAGUAAGAAGCUGGCGAAACAUAGAGCUGCAGAGGCUGCCAUAAACAUUUUGAAAGCCAAUGCAAGUAUUUGCUUUGCAGUUCCUGAUCCCUUAAUGCCUGACCCUUCCAAGCAACCAAAGAACCAGCUUAAUCCUAUUGGCUCAUUACAGGAAUUGGCUAUUCAUCAUGGCUGGAGACUUCCUGAAUAUACCCUUUCCCAGGAGGGAGGACCUGCUCAUAAGAGGGAAUAUACCACAAUUUGCAGGCUUGAGUCAUUCAUGGAAACUGGAAAGGGGGCAUCAAAGAAACAAGCCAAGAGAAAUGCUGCUGAGAAAUUUCUUGCCAAAUUCAGUAAUAUUUCUCCAGAGAACCACAUUUCUUUGACAAAUAUGGUAGGGCAUUCUUUAGGUUGUACUUGGCAUUCCUUAAGGAAUUCUCCUGGUGAAAAGAUCAACUUACUGAAAAGAAGCCUCCUCAGCAUUCCAAAUACAGAUUACAUCCAGCUGCUUAGUGAAAUUGCGAAGGAACAAGGUUUUAAUAUAACAUAUUUGGAUAUAGAAGAACUGAGCGCCAACGGACAGUACCAGUGUCUCGCGGAGCUGUCCACCAGUCCCAUCACGGUCUGUCAUGGCUCGGGGAUCUCCUGCAGCAGCGCGCAAAGUGAUGCAGCUCACAAUGCUUUGCAGUAUUUAAAGAUAAUAGCAGAAAGAAAGUAA